AUGGCGACGACACAAUCAGUCUUCACAUUUGCUCUCUGCAUUUUAAUGAUAACUGAAUUAAUAUUGGCUACAGAGAGCUAUUAUGAUAUUUUAGGAGUUCCAAAAAAUGCAUCUGACCGCCAGAUCAAGAAAGCAUUUCACAAGCUGGCUAUGAAAUACCACCCAGACAAAAAUAAGAGUCCUGGUGCAGAAGCAAAAUUUAGAGAAAUUGCAGAAGCAUAUGAAACAUUAUCAGAUGAGAAUAAACGAAGAGAAUAUGAUCAGUUUGGCCGUCAUGGAGGACAAGAAAAUAAUGGAAGCCCAUUCCAUCAGUCGUUUAAUUUCAACUUUGAUGAUCUGUUCAAAGACUUUGAUCUCUUUAGUCAAAAGUCACGAUCCAAAAAGCACUUUGAAAAUCACUUCCGAAGUCAUCGGGAAGCUCACAGUCGGCAAAGACGCUCUUUCCAAGAGUUCUCCUUUGGAGGUGGACUGUUUGAUGAUGUCUUUGAAAAUAUGGAAAAGAUGUUUUCUUUUAGUGACUUUGAAAAUGCACACCGACACGCGGUGCGAACUGAUACCCGGUUUCAUGGAUCCAGCAAGCACUGUAGGACUGUCACUCAGAGACGAGGAAACAUGGUGACCACCUAUACAGACUGUUCUGGACAAUAAUGUUUCUUUUCAUCUCUUUCCUUCUUUCAACGUCUUCAUAAUCUUUCUUGGUUUUGUGCUAACAUGGAAAAAAUUCUUUGAACUGUUUGUUCUAAAAAACACUUAACUGCUUUGAAGAAACUUUAGAUGGAACUAAUCUUCAGAAUAGAAACACACAUUUGGAAAGUAGACAGCAGCUUACAGUGGGAGAGAAAUAAUUUCAUGUGACAGAAGAAGUUGUAUGUAGUUCAGUUUAGUAAACACUUCCCAUAAAUUUGAACUUCAACACAAGAUAUAUAUUUUAAAUCUCAGAAAUGUAACAUAGUUUUUCUCAUGUAUGCAAAUUCAGGACUGUUUGAGUUACUGGUGCAUGGAUUGCAGCAGAGGAGAUACUUUAAUUUUGAAGUGCUGCUUUUUUUAUUAUGUCUUUCGAAGUUCUAACUUGCAGUUUUUACCUGAUGUGGCAGUAGAGAUGAGUUAUUUGGGUCUUUGUUACUCUUUCCAGCAUUGCAAAUGUAUUGAUAAUAAAACACUUUCUGAAGCUGGAAAAUAACAAGAGGGAGUAUGUUAAGGUUGUAGUUCACCUGGGAGAGUGAUGUAGGAGUUGCUGAAAAGAUCUUAGGAUUUGAGUAACCUUUGACUUAUUUAAGGAGUAUUCAUAUAUGUAAGUUUGUGUGCACACAGUCUUUUUCUUCCAAAAAUACCUAUUUUUUCAAAGCUUGGAAGAGCACUCUGCUUAUUAUAUUACCAGGUGUGCAAUGUAGUUCCUCUAGCUCACUUUAUUGAACUUAAAUACUCCUCGGUGCUCUCAUGAACUAAGAUGAGCUUGCCUCCAGAUUCCUAGAGUUUUUGGAAGGGUCUAAAUAAAAAAUAGAUUGUAUUUAGAUUGACAGAUUGAUUAUUUGUCAGCAGGAAUUUUUCAGUAUUGUGAUUUGAAAGGUAAAUUCUUUAGCAUAAACACAGAAAAAAAAAGAAAAUUACAAUUGUGUUCAUCUGGUGACUUGUGGUGCUGGAAUCUGCUAAUAAGGACAGUAAAAAUGGCUAUCAGUUUCAGCAUGAUGGAAAUCCAUAGCCAGUCUAAACUAUUGGAAAAAAAAAAUAAACCAGCAACAACAACAACCCCCAACCCAACAACCCAAACAGAAAAUACCAAAAAACUCCACAAAAUAACCUCCCAUCCCCCCAACAAAACCCUCGACUAUCCUAACUUACAUAAAUCCAGGUUUAGUAUAUUAAGUUGGUUUCUCCUAAAAAAUUAGUCACCUACAUACUGCUGUCUCAUCAGAGCAGCUGGGUAAGAAUUUACUUUUCAGAUUGACUGUAGGAGCGAAAGGAGCAUUUUAAGCAGCUGUGUUCUAAAUAGACUUUGACAUCUUAAAAUCUUUAUCAAAAGAAAUGUAACCCUUUGCUUCUCAGAUGAAUAUUAAAAGCUGCCUGUUUGCUAAGUAACCUUCCCUUCAAGGGUACGUAUUAUUGCUUCAGUUUUCAUUCACUAAAUACUUGUAAUGGAUUGUUGCAUUGUAUUAAGUGCUUUUCCUUUUCCAUGUUCUUCUUUAUUUAUUAAUAGACUAAUACCUCAUAUAUGGUCUUUAUAAAAAGCCAGUAAUUUGUGCAACAUUAUCGGAAUGUGCAAUAUUCUUACAGUAGGAAAAGUGCUGGAGUAUGUUUGUUAUUUCCACCUUUUUUCUAUGUAAGUAGAGAUUUUUAGUUUCUUCUGUGUAGUUAAUAUAUGAUUCAACCAAAAGUUGUAAUUCAUGUAGAUCUCUGCAUUGUUUAAUAUUGUUCAGCAGUCCUGUGCAUGAAGCAAGUUAUCUGCCUGAUUCUUACCAUGUGGGCGUCCAAGUGAACAAAUUAACUUAAAGGUCUGAAUUACUUUCACAAUUAUAAUGUUUGGGUUUUUAUUUAAUUUUUUUUUUAGAAGGUGUUUCUGUACGCAUUUGCAGAGGUUUGUUCACACUGAAAAGACUUUGGAAAGAUGUGGCCUUUAGUAUUAGAUGUAAGAGUAUUAGUGAAUGUUGUUUAGGGGUGAUGACUGUGGGAACUUUGAGGUGGGAAGCAACUGCAGAAGCAGGAUGCAAAGUUAAUAAGUUGAAAUAAUGCUUUCUUGGUCUAGUGAAUAAGCAGAAUAAGUAGUUCUUAAGUGUGGGAAAAAGAAUACUUAAAAUUCCUACUAGAAUCAAAACAUUUAUCCAAAGGUAAUUUCUUUAGUUAAGAAUUUGGCUCUAUUCCCUAAUCCUAAAUUAGAGGACUGAAAGCUAAAACUAGCAUUUUAAGUUGUAAGAAACAGCCACCUCCAAAAUUAGUCUGUUUUAAAUGACUAUAUGAGUUUGCUGUCUUGUGGGCUAAGCUUUUGAGUGAAAAUCAAGGGUCCUUGGCUGCUUCUAGGUUAGUGUUCUCUCUAAACCUUACUAGUACAAAGUGAACUUGUUGUUCUGUACACUUUAAAGUCAAAGUAUGAAGCUGAUAAAAUGAUAGGGCUGCUAGUUUUCUAGCUGAUACUACCUUAAAAGGACUCCUGACUAGUCUAUUUUUAUCUUCUUGCAAAUAAAACAUCCAACUAAUACUUCCUGUUAUUCCUAUGGCUUCUCCAAGUGACCUUUCUGCUUGAUUUGGGUGUUGAUUCAAAAGAGAGGUCAUCACUAGUAUUGCAGAGGCUAGUCUAUGGCUAUCCAUAUGGCUUUCUAUGAUGAGUAGUAUACUUUGAAUAGACUUCAGCUGAAGAAAUUCUGUCAGGUUUUCCUUAGCCAGCAUUCUGCAGUUCCAUGGCUAUCAGAACACAAGCCUGCAAAACACGUUGUGCUUCUGACUUCAGAGCUCUUGCACAUUCUUUUCCUAUUUAUAGUGUUUGCUUCAUGGCAGGCUCUCCAGUGGAAAUCCUGAUAUAACCUCAUGACAUCCCUGACUUCAAGAGUUUCUUAAGUGCCAUCAUUCAUCUCCAUACCUUGUGAAAUAGACCCAGCAAAACCUAGGUGGUGAAAAAUACAGUUCUUAAUUUUUGAAAGACAUUUAUGCAUAUGUAACUCCAAAUGGUUGAGUUUAUAAAUCACUGAAAACAAUGUUUGUUUUUUUUUUUUUCGUUAUGCUUUUGAAACAGUAUCUAGUGGAGAUGAAAGUACUGUAAACUUAA